AUGAAUAAAAUUGCAAAAGUAAACAAUUACAUUUGCAACAGAGUUCCUUUUCGAGAUAUGAUUCUCUCAGGUAUGAAGGUGAGGAGAAAGGCGCCUUUCCUAGACGAAAAAUGGAGUCAAAACAGAAUUCUUCCUUUAUCUAACUUAAAUUGUGCAAAUAAGAAGCAUACGGCGGAAAAUUACACCUUUUCAAUAUUUCUAAAUGACAACAUUUUAAUUGGUAAUAAGGCAGUGGUGAGUGAAGACGCCUUACCUGAAAACACCUCCAAACAAACGCUUCUUUUUUGGAAUAGAAGCCCAGGCGCUAGAUACCCCAAAAAGGCGAACAACGGAGCCCGUCCAGACUGCCGUUCGGUCAGAAAAAUUAGGAAGAGAUUAAAAACGGGCAAGUAG